CCCUUUUAGCUACUCCAAAACAGAAAGUUCACAAAUGGCUCCUCCUUCUUGUCAACCCAUAAUAAUUUACUUUCUUUCUUGCAAUUUUUUCCUAUUUCUAGCUUGUGCUAGAACUUGUACAAGUUGUUACACAUCCAUUUUUGGAUUUGGUGAUUCACUUACUGAUGCUGGAAACUUAGUGCACCUCAAACCAUCUGGUAUAAAGCCCCACAUGUAUUUUCCUCCUUAUGGCGAAACUUACUUCCAUCGUCCUACUGGUCGCUGCUCUGAUGGCCGUCUUCUCAUAGAUCUCAUUGCACAACAUUAUGGACUUCCACUUCCACCACCUUCAAUUGAUGCAAGAGAUGGAAGCAAUAUACAAGCUGGACUAAACUUUGCAGUGGUUGGAUCUACAGCCAUGGAUGCCCAAUUCUAUGAGAAAAGAGGAAUUUAUAAAGUAAAAAAUGUUUCGAUGUGGAACCAAUUGGAUUGGUUCAAACAAAUGCUUCCACGAUUAUGUGAUAAUCCUUCAGGUUGCAAAAAAUAUUUGGAGAGCUCCUUAUUUCUUCUUGGAGAAUUUGGAGGCAAUGAUUAUAAUGCACUUAUUUCAGGCAAAAAUUUAGAUUACGUUCUGCCUAUAAUCUCUUUAGUUGUCCAAUCUAUUGCCUCAGCUGCUCAUGAACUAGUGGAGCUUGGGGCAAAGACAAUAAUGGUGCCAAACUUGUUACCAAUUGGAUGUGCUGCAUCCUAUUUGACACAAUUUCAGAACUCCAGUGAAGAAGAUUAUGAUGAAUUCGGUUGUCUCAUUUGGUCAAAUCAGUUUGUUUCCUCUCAUAAUGAACUUCUUCAAAAGGAAUUACAACGUCUUAGAGAGCUUCAUCCCCAUGUCCAUAUUAUCUACGCUGAUUAUUACAAUGCUGCUAUGCAACUUUAUCACGCUCCUAAAAAAUACGGAUUUUCGAAGGGUGCACUAGUAGCAUGUUGCGGAGGUGGAGGUCCAUAUAAUUUCAAUGCUUCUGCUCAAUGUGGCAAUUUUCCAGCAACAGGUUGUGAGGAUCCUAACCAAUAUGUAAAUUGGGAUGGAGCUCACUUAACAGAGGCUGCUUAUAGAUGGAUCACAAAAAGUUUAUUGGAAGGCCCAUUCACCUAUCCUCCUAUCAAGAAUUUGUGUCACUUUGAUAUUAGGCAGGCCCAAGUUCUCCAAAGCCCAAAGAUAGAACCCUUCAAACUAUAUAUAAAAGCACCAGAAGCAAAGGUUGGAGAACUCAUUGAUAAGGCAUAGCUUUCGGGAACAGAAGAGGUUGGAAGACCUUCUUGCUAAGAAAGUGACGAAUAGAAAGCUUUUUAAUAGGAUCAUAUUUUUAGUACUUCCUCCGGUGUUUACCAAUGAAGUUAUUUGCGAGCAGACAUUCCAGAAAUUACUUUUGAACGAAAUAUCGUAUUUUGUAACUGUAAUUUCAAAAAUUCUCUCGAACUUCAAUGGAGCCAUGUGCUCCAAGUUGGCAUGUGACUUUUAGGGUGUGUUUGAUAUGAAGAAAAAUAUUUUCCAUGGAAAAUAUUUAUGUUUUCUUGGAAA